GUCCCAAAGCCCAGCCCCUUCCUUUCCUCCAGAUAAAAAAAUCUGAUAAAGAGAGGAAAGAACAGAAGAAAUGUUGAAGGCUGCCCAAUCUCCAUUAUCCGACCACCAGAUCCAACGGCCGAAAAGUGGCCGGAAGCCACUGCAGCCAAAGAAUUCUCCGGCCACUCCUGUUGUCAUCACACCCCACCAAAAACCGAAGCAAAAUGCUCCAACUGAUCGGAUUGAGGUGUCAGUGUUGGAUAAUGACUCGAACAAGGAGAACGUGAAUCCCCUUUUUGCCACCCCGGUGAAGAAUGAAGAAUUCAGGAUCGAACAAUUCGAUUCGUCCCUGGCUGAGGAGCUGAGUGCCAUUCGCGAGAAGCUCGAGAGGUUGAGGAUAGAGAAGGAGAAGACGGAGAAGAUGCUCAGUGAGAGGGAUUUGGUUCUAGAUUUGCAGAUGAAUGAGCUGCACAAGAGAGGCGAAUCUCAGAAGAUGCUCGAAAUCGAGGUUGAUAGGCUGUAUCGAUUGAAGCAGCUCAAGUUAUCUUGCAUGGGCAUUUCGCCAAUCCGAUCGCUGAGAAAUAAGGCAAAAGAAAAGGGCGAGGGAACGAAAACUGAUUACAGGGAUGAAGUUAACCCGGAGGAAAGCCUGUGAAGCUGAGAUCAGAAAUUAAUAGCGACAGAUGCAACUGGCAAUAUAAUACUGCCUGCAAAUUGAAAUUUGACAGGCACGAAUUAUAUAUAUAGCUCCUUUUCACAAUUUUUGUCUAGUGGAAGAAAGAAAAGGGGAUGUGAAAACUGAAAACUGGUGUGGCAGCUAAAUGGUGGCACAAUACAUCAUUGUAUAGUUUCUAUCAGAGCUACUAUCUCUCCUGUAGCGAAAGAAGGAAAACAAAAAGUUUAUCCAA